GUGGCUGAGGGGAAACUCACUUGCCUCAAUAUUUGCCUCGCAGAAGAAUCAGGUGCUUGGAUUGAUUUCGAAGUGUUUCAUAACCAGCGGAUUUGCAUUCUGGUACAAACUUUCCCCGUCAACACCAUAACCCAGUCUCCGCGGGAGUCCCCCAGGAACAAGAGAAGCCUCACGAUGGCUGAUUUGACUCUUUGCAAUAGGUGCACAUUUGGAGACCGUUGCAAAUCAGCAUGGAUGCUGCUCUCUACGUUGUUCUCUUGUGAAAUCCUGGCUUGGUGGCAGCACUGCCCUCUGAGUCACGCAGCCGAGUGUCGCAUCUGCUCCAUGAAGGCAGUGGCUGAAGUAGACUCAUUUUCUGUGAUGCACAGCCCAGCUCAGCCAGGAUCAUGACCAGGCUGGGGACAGCAAGCAAGGACAGGAAUUAAUCAAGUGGUUAUGGUUAAAAACGUGACCGAGAAGAGGGCCCUCAGUGUACCACACCUAUCAGCCGAUAAAUCCUUGCCGAGUUGUUUUCUGAGUCAUUUGAUGACUCUACCGAGAAAAACAAUUUUUUUUUUACUUUUGUCAGCAGCGUUACAGAGCUGAGGCUGAGCCUGCAAGGUAAGCGGUCCCCUGCUUUCCCUCGAUAACUAACCACACUCGUUAAGAAGGAGAAGAGCACCUUUCGGAGGUUGGGAGAGGGCGCUGGCAGCCGUGGAGCACAUCUCCAUCGCCAAGCGCGUUGGUGCAGAAGCUAAUGGAAAGAGUGACGAUGGGGCACUGACACCCGUCGGAGUGCUGCUGUGAAUCCCUGGGGGUCAAAAGGACCGCGCCAGCUGAGCACUUGUUCAAACAAGAUCUGAAAUAGGCUCUGGAUGGGAGGGCCAGGGGAUUGCUUGUCAAUUAAAGCUCUGAUUUUUGAGGCUCUGGGAGCUACUCAGAGCUGCAGCACUGAGACAGUCGGUCUUCCCCUCAGCUCCCAGCCAGGAUUCAGGCAGGGCUGUCUGACCAUGUACCCCCCUGCGAGUGUGUAAGGAAUUACUCCAGUGCGUAACAAACAGGUGGAAACAUCUUCUUCUGCCUGUGGAAACAGAAUUCUGUUCUUUGGACAAGAGGUUUGGUGCGUUACGGUCUUCCCUGGCAUUUUUAUUCCAGGUGGCUGAGUUGGUUUUGGGGGAUCUGUUCCUGAAGGAUGUCAGGAAGAGUUCCUGAGGUCAUCUGUUGUUGCUGGACUUAUUAAGCUUCGAUUUUUCUUUCAUUAGAAUUAGUGGAGGCUUUUCUGUCAUUCACACUGUUCGGUUCCGGGGAUCUGUGCGCAAACCACUAUCAGCUUCACAUCUGAAAUGCUGGUGUACCUUGAGCUGCUGUGAAAUAUGAGUAACAACAAGAAAUGGCGAACAAAUAAUGGUCUGUAAAGUAUUAUCUGAUCUUGUAUCAUGAAAGUACAUUAAAAUGUACUCUUGAAACUGGUGCCUUAUCUCUGAAACACUUUACAGGAAACCUGGUGUUAGCGUGUGGUCAGUUCGUGGCAGCGCGGCUCCUUCAGGUCAGAAUGGCUUGGGGUUUUUUGAAGGAUGUUUUAGGAUAAAACUAGAGCUUUUUGAUUUUUCACAGAAUCAUAGAAUGGUUUGGGUUGAAAGGGACCUUAAAGCCCAUCCAGUUUCACUCCCCCUGCCGUGGGCAGGGACGCCUCCAGGCUGCUCAAGGCCCCAUCCAACCUGGCCUUGAAAGUCAGUAUUUGAAGCAACCAAACGUGGAGCCUGGUCAGGAUGGGUCUCUGAGUGGGACUGCAGUGUCUCGCAGUAAGGGCCGCGGUGCUCCCAGUGCUGGAGCAGCACCGGGAGAUGCUGCUGGGUUUCCCCGAUGCGAGCAGACGUUGGUGAGUAGGUGUCUUGUCUACCGUCACACUUCCAGGCUCUCCAGGAAUUUCUGCUUCGUCAGUCAUUUCAACAAGCCGUUUGUCUGCAGCAGUCUGGUGCUUUCUGCUGUUAUAAGGAUGUUUCUUUCACCACACGAACCAUAGCAGCUCUACACGGUAGCGAUGAUGCGAGCGGGGCCGCCAGCUUGGCAGGGUGAGGCUGAGCAUCGGAUCCGUCCGCGGACGGAGCUGCUGAGAGACCGAGCAAUCCAAGGAGCUUCUCUGAGGGUUUUUUUCCACGCUGCACCAGAGACCUUCCCUUCAGCCUCACCCAAGUGACACCUUUUGUGCCUUUCUGAGUUGCAUCGCUAUAGAUACGAGAUGUGCGGGAGCUGUGCUGCUCACCACGGACUUUGUGUAAAUGAUUUCUCAGACAAGCUAACAAUACGUGAGGCUUAGUUUUCAAUUCCCUGGCACGGUGGCAGCUGGCUAGCAACCCUCUCUGCUGCCUUUGCUUGUUGUUGUUUGGGUUGUAACUACUUCUAGUGUGCCCUUGUCACAACGUGCCUACCAUAAAAUGCCAAGGGAGGAGCCCUCCUCUGUUAGCUGGGAGUUGCCUGGAAGGUUUCCCUGGGAAAGGGCCACUUCCCUGCACCCAUCGGGCUCUCCCAGCGUUGCUGCGUGUAAAAGGCUUAAUAAUUCUGAGAGUGCCUUCGGGAGUCAGUUCCCAUUUCACUCUCUGAGCUCACCUGCAUCGUCACGCUGCUGUGUUUCAGAAAUCCCUGUUUUUCCUUUCCCUCUUCCUUCCCAGAACAGAUGAGGAAUGUUGAGCUGUUUCAUGGAGGGUAUUGUCAUGUGUGGCAGGUUGAUGAGAGCCUCCCUUAGACCAGCUGCCCACGGAAAGCCAAGCCUGGGUGAUUCGCUUCCAUUGGGACUGAACCCAGCGCACGCCAACAUCCGUGCUGAUGCCAUCCCCUCUGCUCCAAAAAGCGAAGGUUGGGGUCAUCCAUCACCAUCAUCGCAUACAGAGUUUUUCACUAUCUGUGGUUAACUGGAUUGUCGCCCACCUCUGACGUGGUAACUCUCCUCGUCGCCCUUGUGGGGAAGGUCAUGCUAUCGCCGCUGCCUUGCAAGUGGUUGGUGACAGCACAGCGAGGCCAAGGGACACCCACGCCAAGGUCUGCAGUGGAGCAAAGCCCUGGACCCCAUCAAGAACAUUCCAUUUCUCUUCCCCAACCACCCCAGCACCUUUCCUCCACCAGCCCAGCUGGUAAUUUUUAACCCACGUCUGUUUCUUGCCUGCUGGCAUUUGGCUGAUCUGCCGUGAGCGUCAGUUCAGUUACCAAAAGGAAAAAUAGAAAAAGAAAUCCCUUCUUCUCAUCUCAAUUUACAUAAUGAUGUAAGAAAGCAUUGCUUCUUCCCUCGUUUCCUCACCGAGGCUGGGUGUGCACCCGGCUGCCUGGGAACGCUGCCGGUGCCGCUUCCUCUGCUCCACGCAAAACUUGUGCUGCAACGACAGGGAGCAGCCGGGAAUUGGGGGAGGAAGGCAGAGCCCAACUGCCUUGUGCCGCUGAGGAUCCCUCCAACACCUCAGCGAGGGCAAAUGCAACCGGCUGCAGAUUGGGACCUGCCUUUUGGCUGGUUUACAGCGGUGAAGGCACAGGGGUGAGGGAGGCACGUUUGGUGCGUUUGGGGUAGUUUCAGCAAUACCCUGUGCAAUAGUGUGACUAGCCUGGGCAUAAAAUCUAUUUGCCUAGUCUUCCCCUGCUGACGGAUACGCGCUCAAGAUUGAACUUGGUUAUCAAUAAAUUACUCACGCAGCGAAACUUUAUAUAACACGAGAUAUAACUGCAUUGCAACAGGCACACUCAGGCUCCCGCUCUCACCCAGCGCAUUGCUUCUGCUUCCAAGGUUGUCUAUGGAAUUAGGGGUUGUUUUGGCUACCUCCAUGCCCUUUAAGUCUAUCUGACCUUCCCUUCUGGGUACGGGUAGUCCAAGAAGUUUUUUAACUGCUCAGUUUUUGAUUGUAGAUUGGACUCGGCUGUCUUUAAAGGGGUUACAGAAGCAGCCAAACUGUCCUAGGAGCCAAAAGCGUGGUGAACCAGCCUGGGUUUUUGCACCAGUGCUGCCACAUUUGCGUGCAGGCAAAACCCUGGUUGCUGGGGACAGUCUGGAGCUGAAACGUCAGUGUGAGAUUGUGCCUGGUCUGCUUGAGGACCUUGGCUUCAUCGUUUUUUCUCAGCAGGGUAGCCAUAGACUUAUCCGCAAGCAAAGACUGACUGCAAAGACUUCCCUGCUCCUCUGGGCUUCUUUGAGUGGAAUUUAUGUCCUUUGCAGGCUGGUGGCUUUGGGCUGUGCAUAAACAUCACCAACAUUACCCAUGCUGCUGGAAACCAAGUGACUUCUGGCACUGAGGUGGGCGCAGUGUCAUCGCAAAGCUGUGCCCUCUCCUAUGUGCCGUCUCCAGUCUCCAAAUACCAGGAAUAUGCUAAUGGAAAGAAGUGUCCACCCGCCUGCGGAACAAGCCUGAGAGCAAGGUUCCCCAUUCCUGGUGGGUGAAGGCCCCAUGUGGAGAAAGGUCUUGCCAACAUUCUGAGCUAUUUUAACAGCACAUCAUGUCCUGUUGCCAGAAACCCUCCUACUUUGGGGGUUUGGACCACUGGCAUCCUGAGGGGGUGAUGCCACUCUGCUUCCCGCACCCCAACACCUCCAUGGGAGCCAUGAACCUCACCAAGCAGGGCUUGGCAGCGCCGCUCCGUGCCAGGGGUGACCCCUGAGCUUGACGUUUUGGGGAUGGAACCCCCAGGAUGGUCUCUCCGCUUGAUUGCGUCCUUCUUCCCGAAUGAGAAAUGACACAGCAAUGCCAAGAUUUCCCGCCUCCGUAGGACAGGGAAACACCUGUGGGUAAGAGUUGGUCCCUUUCAGUAGCUCAUUAAUUCAGCAGAUUACAAAGGGAAAUACAAGCUGGGGAAAGCAAGAAAAAUCCCAAAAGUUAAUCCAAGAGUUAUUUCCUCCCGGUACCUGGAUAAAAACGUUUUCUCCAGAGCUCUUCAGGUCAGACGCCGGCGGGACAGGUGAACCCACAUCAAAGGACGAGAUCUCCCAGGCAACGGUCGUGCUUCCAUCCUGCAGCAAGAUGAAGGGAUCCCACUUGUUCCUCUGCCUCUUCUCAGCGUCGUGCUGGGUGAAUUUGAUGCUGACCGCCGGGAAUAAAAUCUUCCACUUGGGAGCCUGCAGGGUUUCAAUGAGCGUGACUGAGAUUAGGUCUGGUUUCACCGCAAUUAAAGCUAACAUCCAAGCCAGAGAUCCCAUCAGGACCCUCAGCAUCUUGUCUCACCCACGCUCUCUGCACAAGGUUCAGUCUUCAGACAGGUGCUGCAUCGCCCAUCACCUCUUCAACUUCUACGUGGACAAAGUUUUCAAACACUGCAAGACUGAGGAUUCGUACAUCAACAGAAAAAUCAGCAGCAUAGCCAACUCCUUCCUCAGCAUGAAGAGGAAACUUGGGCAAUGUCAUGAGGAAAACAAGUGCACGUGCGGACAGGAAUCCACUGAGAAAUUUAAGCAAAUACUUGCAAACUAUGAGGGCCUGAACGUCACAUCUGCAGCAAUGAAAUCCUUGGGUGAGCUGAACAUCUUGCUAGACUGGUUGGAGAAAUCUCACUAGAGAGCAGAAGGCAUUAACGAACUACCCAGGGCUGGGGCUAACGAAGCUGCUGGACAUUGCACACACCAGCACGUACAUGAAAAUGUACCGUAUGAGUGCAGUUUCUCAGUGACUGCAGCUGCGUUGGGUCAAACAUCGAGUGUUUUGCUGGCCAAGUACACGGGCAAAGUCUUGCGUUAAGAUGGGAGCGUCAAGUUUGAUCAAAUCGGCACAGCACUCGCUUAGCUGACUUUUAUCAAAGGAUGCUCUCCAAGGGGAAAAGGCUAAAGGGUUUCUCUUGCUAACAGACAUAACCUGAGAUCAUUUAAUAAAGGUAUUGUUUAAAUUAUAACAUUUUUGUAUAGGGAAAUGUAUAUUCAUGCGUGCUGAGUGCCCGCUGGAACUAUGUCCGCGUAGCUAAUGCUGCAAAGCGCUGCUCAUAAAUCGGGGCUUCGUCUUAGGUGGCCGCCAGGGCUGCUUGCUCCAGCUGAAACGAGGUGCACAGGAUGAGAAAUGUUUGUAAGAAUAGGUCCUGGUGGGUAUGUCAGGCCCUAGAAUUCUGUGUUUCCUUUUGAGGUGAUAUUUUCUGCCUUAUCGGUAAAAGAAAACUCUUUAUGCAAGAGAUGUGGUUGCUGAACAGAAAAAGGUUCUGGUGUGUACGGUGUAAUUUGCUGACGUUCAGUAGUAGGUUUUUUGGAACUGUGUUGUACUUACUGUAAAUAACCCCCAUUUUAGACUCUGCUGAGUCUGUUUGUCAAAAUUCUGAGGAAUUAUGAGUUUCUCGUUGGUGAAACCCUCUGAAUUCACCAGGGUGCCCUUUCAGAGGAGAUACAGUCACUCCCAGUAAUGCUAACAUCCCAGAGGUGAUGCAUCGCUCCUGCCACACCACAGAGACCAAAGCUGACACCCGAGUGACGCUCUAUCACCCCAACUUGUCCACAAGACCAUUUCCAUUGUGCACACUGUAUAGCUCUGGUCUGUUUUCGCCCCUUUUCGGUCCUUCUAGUUGCCAGUGGCUGCAGGCACAUUGCUGGUACCCACCUGUUCUACGUGCUCUAAAUCCUUUUUCCACUGUGUUUUCCCACGUAUUGCUGCAGUAUUUGACAAUGACAGAGGACUAAAGUGUUGAUAAAUGAACCAAGGCCAGCCAGAUCAUCUCUCCAAGAAGCCAGGAGGUGAUAUACGCUCCCAGUGUCAGCGUGAAUGCUGCUUGUUAGCAUGAGAAGAAAUUAGGAAGGAAUGUUUUCCUGUGAGGGUGAGAAGGCCCUGGCCCAGGUUGCCCAGAGAAGUCGUGGCUGCCCCAUCCCUGGAGGUGUUUAAGGAUGGGUUAGAUGGGGCUUAUGUCCAGUCUAACUCUGCCCCUCUCCAGUUUAUCCCCAUUGCCCCUCGUCCCAUCCCCACAAGCCUUUGUGAACAGCCCCUCCUCAGCUUUCUUGUAGCCCCUUCAGGUAUUAGAAUUUCUCUUUAAGGUCUCCUCAGAGCCUUCUCUUCUCCAGAUUGAACAACCCCAACUCUCAACAUUCCCAUCCACUCAGCCCAGGGACCGUCCCUUUGGAAAUGAGGUGCCAAAUGAAAGUGUCAGCGGUGGGAAGGAGCAGGAGCCGCGGCUCAGGGAUGCACAAUCCACCCACAUUUCUCACCCUCUUCAUCUCUCAUGCAAGUUUAACCCACUCUUGCCGCUCCCAGCGUGGCACGGGAGGAGCAGAGCUGAGGAAAGGCUGCCGGAGGGCAGGUUGAAGAGGAAACAGAUUUGCAACGGGAGAGUGAAAGGGGUUUUCUCUUCUCAGAAGUUUCCAAACCUUCGCGUUCUGCUGCAGCUUUAUGACUGCUCACCCCCAGGGACGCUUUCCAAGCACACGCCUUUCCUAUUGCACUAGAGUAAUUCAUUCACUUCCAGGAACUCCAGGCGGGCAUGGACCUGUCUUGGCCCCUCCAUGCCUUUUCCAACAUCCAAGCCCCUUCCCAACCGUGCUGCUCAGCAGAUGCCGCCUGGGAGAUGAGGCAGAUAAGCUAUAAGCAGACAUUUGAGGUCCUGGCCUUGAUAUCAUUGCUGAGGCGAUAACUAUUGCAUCGUGGAUGUGAGAGCAGCUCUGAAAACACAAAUGCAGGUCUGGGAGGGGAAACAAAUAUCACUGGAGCUGUUGCUCUCCUGCUUACAGUGAGCAAAGCUCAUCUCUGCCCAUGUUGUAGGGAGGUCCACGCUUCAGGAAUAAUUUCAUUUUUAUACUUGAUGAAAACUCUUUAAGCUGAAAGAGGGGAGAUUGAUAUGAGAUCUUGGGAAGAAAUAUUUUGCUGUGAGGGUGGGGAGGCUCAGGUUGCCCAGAGCAGUGGUGCUGCCCCAUCCCUGGAGGGGUUCCAGGCCAGGUUGGAUGGGGCUUGGAGCCCCUGAUCCAGUGGGAGGUGUCCCUGCCCAUGGCAAAGGGGUGGAACUAGAAGGGCUUUAAGGUCCCUUCCAACCCAAACCAUUCCAUGAUUCUAUGACUGUGUCUGUAGGCUAACACAGAACCGUUGCCUGGCACCUUGUGGAGCUACUGUACCAUUUGCAUUUUCAAGUGUAGCUAAUGUUUUGCUAACAGAAAUAUUCUUGUGGCGUUACUGUAAGAUCUUCAGCUCAGGCUCUACCCUGGGUCAUGCUCCUCAUUCUUUAUGGUUUGUGGCUUGCUAGCAGAGCUGUGUGUAACCAAAACAGGCUCAGCAACUGGAAUUCGUGCAGUUUCUGCCCCUUCUUUCCAGAGCAGCUCUGGUCCUCUCAGACACCUCUGCAAUCGCUCACUUUGCCAGGCAGGGACCAGCUCAUCCCUUUCCUGCUGUUUUGGGGGAAAAUUACUUCUCUGCUUUGUUACGACUUCAUUGACGUUUCUUCCUAAAUCACUUUAUCUGCGGGUUAUUCAGCUUUCUCUAUCAGCAUCUCACUGACAGAUAGGAGUGUCGUGCUGUUUGGAAAGCCAUGCACCAAUUGCUUUUCACUGUCGUCUGCUCUCAAAAAUAAGACCAGGAGACAACACUCAAUUACAGUCAUUGUCGUUUCCAGCUGGGUAAGCAUGAAGUCAGCCAGGGAAAGUGUAUGAGUGACAUGUGGCUCAGGUUUGUUAAGCAAAGGGUGGGUUUUCAAGGUCACUCUCAGCGGGGUGGCAUUGUGGGAGAGGAGUGUGGAUUGGGCUCAGUUGUUCUGACUCCAAGUUAGAAAGAGGUGAUCGUUGGUUCAGAUGGGAAGUUUGGUCUGUAUUAUGCAAAUAUGGUGCUAGUGAACACCAGUGCCUGUUGCCUAAUCAUCUCUAUAGGCUGCUAAUAGGUUGUCAUCCUAAUGAAUGUCAUGUUGUGAUUGAUUCCUGUUGUUGUUGGAAAUGCACAUGAGAUGACUCGAAAUGCUUCCUGUUUAUCUCCAUUAAUCGUGGGUUGAUUCUACCAUCCUGUGCCAUUUGUGACAUCAGAUGUGAUUCUAUAAAGCUGCA